AUGUCCAUCUCCCUCCACCUGGAAGCAUUUCAUAAGUCAGUGCAUAUGGACGCGGUGGUAGUGAUAAAAUCUCGAGCAGAACAAGAAAACGAAAAAGAAAAGGAUAUCAGCUUGUUCUUAUCUAUCUAUCCAUUUAUCUAUCUAUGUGUUUAUCUCCUGUUACACUCAUUUUUCUUUUUUAUCUAUCUAUCUAUCUAUCUAUUUUUUAUCUAUCUAUCUAUCUAUCUAUCUAUCUAUGUCCUUCUUUUCAUAACUACUGUUCUUAUGUAUUGCAAUCUGUUCAUAUCUAUUUAUCUCCUUUUAUUUAUUUCUAUCUAUCUAUCUAUCUUUUUCUAUUCAUAUCUAUCUAUCUAUCUAUCUAUCUAUCACAUUCUUUUCUUCUCACUCCGUCACUCACUCACUCACUCAUUAUCUAUCUAUCUAUCUAUCUAUCUAUCUAUCUAUCUCUUUCUGUUCAUAUCUAUCUAUCUAUCUAUCUAUCUAUCUAUCUAUCUAUCUAUCUAUCUAUCUAUCUAUCUCCUUCUGUUCAUAUCUAUCUAUCACCGUUUUCUCACAUAG